CUCCCCAAAAUCUCCCAAACUCACAAAGAGAUCUUCCGCUAGAUCAUCAUCGAUCGUGUUCCUCACUUACGCAGAAUCUCCUCCUAGAUAUUAUAUCAUCACCAUGUCGGCUUCCGGCAACAACAACGAGAACAGCAUUAGCUACGUCGAAGCCGAAGAAGAAGACGACUACCACCAGGAGGAAGCCGGCGGCGGCAAUGCCGGCAACGGCAACGGCAGGCGGUGCGCGGCGUGCAAGUACCUCCGGCGGCGGUGCGCCGUGGACUGCGUGCUGGCGCCGCACUUCCCGGCGUCGCUGCCCCAACGCUACGCCGCCGUCCACCGCGUCUUCGGCGCCAGCAACGUCUCCCGCUUGCUCCAGGUAUAAAUAAGUAUAUUCGAUUUGUACUGUAGUAGCUUUAAUCCAUGCAUUGUAGAAGAAGAUUAAUUUAAUCUGUACUUCUCCGUGACUGCCAAUUUUGUUUUGUUGUUGUUUGCAGAGCUUGCCGGAGAAGGAGAGGGGGAGGGCGGCGGAGACGAUGGCGGCGGAGGCGGAGCAGCGGCUGCGGGACCCGGUGUACGGCUGCACGGGGCUCAUCAGCCGCCUGCAGGAGGAGAUCCGGGACACGCAGUGCCGCCUCGCCACCACCCGGGCCACACUCGCCAUCGCCGCCGCCAACCAUGCCGCCAUUGACGUCACUGAGAGACACAAGCAGGACGAUGAUGGACAGCAGCAGGCGGCGGCCGCGGCAGAGCUUGUUGACCCGGCCGACGAGUUCCUGGACCUCGACGGGCUUUCAUGAGCUGAUCCGGUCGAUCCAUAAAUUAAGGCCUGCGUGCGUUCGCGCAGGCAUAUAUGCUCUGGGGUUAGUAAAGUGGUGAAUGGAUGAAUAAUGUAGUGUGGUGAAUUUGGCUGUUUAGUUGAUGGGCCUUGAUAUUCUGCAACCUCUCCGAAAAAAGAGGAACUUAGGGUGUGCGGUCGACGUGUAGAUAUAUCCAUAUUUCGUAAACCAGUGACUACGAUUGUACUACAACGUUUUUUUAAUUAAAUCUGCCUCGAAUUAUGCUGCCAAGCUUGCCGAGUAAAGCAGCAGUACUGCUAGCUGAUCGCUGCUCUUAUAUUUUUAGUAGCAGUCAAAAGAUGCUGGUCAAAUACGAAAUAUAGGAUAAAAUCAUUGUAGGGACGUCCCAAAAAAAUAUAUCUAAAUGUGCUACUGUACACAUGUCACAUUGUCGAAGGUUGCUGCCGAAAAUUUCUACACGCGCACUCUCUUUCACUCUUUGCAUUCUCGAUCGGGAAAGGGAGAAUGUGGCACCCGUGAAAUGCUUCC